AUGAAAUAAUUGAUAAAACGUACACUUCCACGAAAAGCCAGAGAUCAGCUUCCUAUUUGGUCAGAAUUCACACAACUGUCAACUAAAUAUAACUCUGUGAACCUGUGUCACGGUACUCCAGCCCUUGACCCACCUUCAUUUUUAAUUGAUAACCUAGACAGAGCCUGCAGAGAAGGCUUCAACUAAUAUACUUUGUUUUCAGGACAUCCAUUAUUUAGAGAGAAACUAUCUGAAUUUUUCUCUCCUAUCUUCAGCUAGGGGAAAAAUAAUCAGAAUCUAAACCCGAACACUGAGAUUUUAGUCACAAACGGAGCUUCAGAGGCUCUUUUUUGUGCCAUUCAUCAUUUAGUUGAAAAAGGAGAUGAGGUUAUCAUGUUUGAGCCAUAUUAUACAUCUUACGUGAGUCAUGUUGAAUUUGGAGGAGCAUAAAUCAAAACAGCCCCUUUCUAUCUGAAGGAUGGCAAAUGGGAGUACGACUUUGAGGCACUUGAGAGGCAAAUUACUCCAAAGACUAAAGCACUCAUGAUAACUAAUCCACAUAAUCCCACAAGCAAAGUUUUCACCUACGAAGAGUUACUCAGACUUACUGACAUCGUUGAAAAGCAUCCAUAGUUGGUCGUUGUAUCAGAUGACGUAUACUAUUUUCUACCUUAUGACAACAGAAAGUACCAUCUAUUUGCUAACAUUAGAGAAAAUUAUAAAAGAACUAUCACUAUAUUCUCAGCUGGGAAAAUGAUGAACUGCACUGGCUGGAAAGUUGGCUGGGCAAUCGGACCAGAUGAUCUGAUUAAAAAUACCUGUCUUGUCCACGAAGCAUCAGUUUUCAACAACAAUGUGCCAGGAUAGAUAGCCAUAGCCAAGAGUUUAGAUUAAACUUUGAAACCUUACUAGGGCCAUGCCAAUUACUAUCAAUAUGUGCAAAAGACAUUUUAAGAGGCUAGAGACAAUGCAAUUAAUUUGCUAAAGAUGUCUAAUACCGUAAAAUUUAAGCCAACCUAAUGUGAAAGUGGUUACUUUAUGGCAGUCGAUAUCUCAGAGAAUGAGCAUUUGAUUCCAGACAAGUACAAGUAGCUUGGAAACUAUGAGAAUGACCCUAAUACUAUUGUAAUUCAAAGACAAUUCAAGGAUAGAGUUCAUUUGGAUUAUGCAUUCUGCAGAUGGCUUGCAGUAGAGAAGGGCAUAUCUUUGAUGCCGCUUAGCUCAUUCUGCUUGGAAGAAAGCAAAUUUAAACUAGAAAACUUUAUCAGACUUGCUAUUUGCAAAACUCCACAAACAUUCACUGAUCCUAACUUAGUCAAGAGAUUCUCAAGCAUUUGA